AUGGGAGAGGCAUCCUAUGUGAUAGGAACUUCAAUAUUCCAUAAGAGAUCAGAAAGUUUAUUAGGAUUGUCUUCGAAAGCCUAUAUUGAAAGAAUUCUUGAGAAAUUUAACAUGAGCAAAUGCUUUAUAGGUUUAGUUCCUAUUCAAAGAGAAGAUAAAUUUAGUCUUAUGCAAUGUCCAAAGAAUGGUGUGGAACGUAAAAAAAUGGAAACAAUUCCUUAUGCUUCAGUUGUGGGCAGUUUAAUGUAUCUUCAAACUUGUACCAGACCCGACAUCAAUUUUGCAGUAGGGAUGCUGGGUAGAUAUCAAAGUAAUCCUAGUAUCAAUCAUCAGAAAGUUGCAAAGAAAGUAUUAAGAUAUCUUCAAGGAAUGAAGGAUUAUAUGCUCACUUAUAAGAGGUCUGAUCAUUUAGAAGUGAUUGGAUAUUCAAAUUCAAAUUUUGCUGGGUAUGUUGAUAGUAGAAAAUCAAUGUUUGGUUAUUUGUUCCUAUUAGCUGAUGGAGCAAUCUUAUAA